AUGGGGAACAUCAUCUUCAUCUCUUUAUCAUGCUAUGGCGUUCUUUCCCGUUGCUGGGAUUCCAUCACUAGACGAGCGACAUAUGUGGGGCUUGAAGGAGCUUUGAGUAACCCCUCUCCCUCAUGGGAUGGUCGUUUUGACGAUGACCUAAUUGCUGAGAUACUGUCGCGGCUUCCAGUCAAAUCUUUAGUACGGUUUCGUUGUGUAUGCAAGUCGUGGCUUGCUUUGAUCUCUGAUCCCAAUUUUGCUAGGAAGCACAUCAGCACAUACACCAGCAGGUUGAAUCUUCUUGAGACAGUCAAUCCCACCAGAUCCAUAGACUUCGAAGCAAUAUUAAAGGAUGACGAUCGAGUGGGAUAUACCGUCCUACCAGAAGCACCAAGAUUAUGGGUUUUGGGUUCCUACAAUGGCUUGAUAUGUCGGGAAGAAGACGAGGGAGGUGAUCUUAUCUUAUGGAACCCUUCUACUCGAGAUACAUACAAGUUACCGGAACAAAUUAAAACUAGAUAUCGUCAGUUUUUUGGAUUUGGUUAUGAUUCCACCAAUGAAGAUUACAAGGUCAUAGUAGGCCUUGAAACCGAAAUUACAAUCUUUACAUUAAAAACCGGCUCAUGGAAGAUUGUUGAACAGUCCGAGUACGUUGGAAGGUUUUUUGGGGAGGGGUGCUUAUUGAACGAAGCUCUACAUUGGCUAGAGGACUGUCGGUCAAAAUUCCCAAUAAUCUCUUUUGAUCUGGCGGAGGAGAAAUUUCAGGAGUUGCCACCACCCAAUAUUUGCAGGAAAGAAGUUUCUGGCCGCCUUGGUAUUGGGAAAACUAUUGGCAACUGUCUCUUCCUAUAUCUUUAUGGUUCCAAGCGUCAUACGUGCCAAACAGGUAUUGCAUUUAUAAUAUGGGUGCUGAACGAAUAUGAGAGGAUGAUAAAGUUUUGA